GCUGCAGACACAGGAAAAAAAAAAAAGUCACCCUAGUACGAUGGAGAUGUAUUUACUUUUUUUUUUGUAAUGCGGUUUCUGUUUUGCAUUUCUGGAUUUACUCCGUUCCUCGUGGAGGUCACCAGUCGUAAACUUAUACUUAACCACCUGCUCUCCCCAUCCCAGCAUUCAUCUUCUUCAACACUCCUCUUCCUCUCAGCAGUUCCUCCUACAGCUUUACAGACCAAAGCCCUUUUUUCUUGCUUGCUUUCUGUACUUUACCUUUUUUUCUCGUCUUAGUCUUCUCUACAACUUUCUCUCUUUUAUUCCCUUCUUACAAUCACACCAAUGGAGCCUGUUGUACGGAAGCCAGAAAUGGGCUUCCCCAGCCAGCGCACCGUCAAGCCGCGCACGGAGAGCUCGUCGCUCGACACCCCCAAGCUGAAAUCCACCCCUCAGGAUGAAUUGCACGAUGUCCUGUGUGUGGGUUUCGGUCCUGCCUCCCUGGCCAUCGCCAUUGCCCUCCACGAUGAGCUGGACCCAGCUCUGAACAAAUCCGUCCCCAACUCCGACUUCCAGCCCAAGAUCUGCUUCCUCGAGCGACAGAAGAAGUUUGCCUGGCACUCAGGCAUGCUCCUCCCCGGCUCUAAGAUGCAGAUUUCCUUCAUCAAGGACCUGGCGACCCUCCGCGAUCCCCGCAGCAGCUUUACCUUCCUGAACUACCUUCACCAGAAGGAUCGUCUGAUCCACUUCACUAACUUGGGAACUUUCCUCCCCGCUCGGUUGGAGUUUGAGGACUACAUGCGGUGGUGUGCGGAACAAUUUUCGAAUGUUGUGGCCUACGGCGAGGAAGUGACCGAGGUGGUCCCUGGUAAGACGGAUCCCAGCAGCUCCGUCAUUGACUACUUCACCGUCUUCUCCCGCAAUGUCGUGACGGGCGAGGUAUCCUCGAGACGGGCGCGCAAGGUUGUUGUUGCGAUUGGAGGCACGGCCAAGAUGCCCCCGGGUCUUCCCCAGGACCCCAGAAUCAUGCACUCGUCCAAGUACUGCACCAACCUGCCCAACAUGCUCAACGAUGAGACCCAGGCCUACAACAUCGCAGUCGUUGGUAGCGGUCAAAGUGCCGCAGAAAUCUACCACGAUCUUCAGAAGCGGUACCCCAAGUCGAGAACCACUCUGAUCAUGAGAGACUCUGCCAUGCGUCCCAGUGACGAUUCGCCAUUUGUCAACGAAGUUUUCAACCCCGAACGGGUCGACUCAUUCUACAACCUCUCCCCCGAAGAGCGCCAGCAAUCCCUCGCUACAGACAAGGCCACCAACUAUAGUGUGGUCCGCCUCGAGUUGAUCGAGCAAAUCUACGAGGAUCUCUACCUCCAGCGUGUCCAGAACCCCGAUGAGACUCAAUGGCAGCACCGCAUCCUUCCAGCUCGCAAGAUCACUCGCGUUGAGCACCACGGCCCUGGCAACCGGAUGCGUCUCCACGUCAAGUCGAUCAAGGAUGAUGCGGAUGCCAGUAAGGGCAAGGAAACAUUGGAGGUGGAUGCACUCAUGGUCGCAACGGGCUACUUCCGCAACGCUCAUGAGCAAAUGCUGAGCGGCGUGCAGCACCUGCGGCCGGCGGGUCAGGCAUCAUGGAAUCCAAGCCGCGACUACCGGGUGGACAUGGACCCCAGCAAGGUGAGCGCCAAUGCUGGCAUUUGGCUGCAAGGAUGCAACGAGAAGACCCAUGGACUGAGCGACAGUUUGCUGUCGGUCCUCGCGGCGCGAGGUGGGGAGAUGGUGCGUUCGAUCUUCAGGGACCAGCUGGCGGGAGCAACGGUGCAGGACACCCGGCUCCGCGCCAUGCUGUAAGAGGAAACCAAAAAGAGGCGCUGGGAUCCGACGGUAACAAAAGCUAAAAGGGAAAGAGAUGUGCAUUGAUUAUUUUCACUACCAUAUAUCUAUCUGUCUGUUACGUUUGUUUGUGUUUCAUUAUUACUCUUCUUGUUAUUUAUAUUAUUCCCCUCAGUUCUAGUUGAACAUUAGGUUCAUAUAUAUAUGGAGUGUUUAAUGUAAAGAUUGGAAUAUAUUAUAACGUCGUAACUCUG